GCUUACCAUUCUAAUCGUCGUUUACGGUUAUUGUAAUGACGCCUAUAAUUUACAAUUUAUUUUAUUUAACUUUAUUUAUCUAACAUUUUUUAACUUUGUUAUUUUUACAAGCUGUUACCACAAGAAACUUUACCUAGUGGUAAUAAAAAAGAAAAUAACUUUUUUUUAAUGUUAUCCAGUAUUAUAAAAAUGGAAUUUUGUUUGUGAUUAAUUUGAAAUUUGAAAAGAUUAAUUAUACUGUAUUUUGUUAUUAGUAGAAGAAAAUAUUUCUAUUAUAUUUUUAUUGAUCUCUAAUUAAACUUAACUGAACUUGAUAUAUUUAUUUAAUAAUGAGUCACGGUGAUUCUGAAGCUCAAAUGAAUUUGUCAGCUCUCCAAAGAGUAGAUCCAUAUGUAGAUAGUAUUGUACAGACAGCUGGACAUGUUGCAUUAUAUUCUUUUAAUGCAGAUACAAAUGCAUGGCAAAAAACUAAUAUUGAGGGUACAUUACAUGUAUAUACUCGUUCAGCAAAACCUCUACAUAGUAUUAUGAUAAUGAAUAGAUUGAACACUAAUAAUUUGAUGGAGCCUAUUGAAAGUGGUCUAGAUCUUCAACUACAAGAACCAUUUUUAUUAUACAGAAACAGUACAGGAUUGAUUUAUGGUAUUUGGUUUUAUAAUAAAGAAGAAUGUGCAAAGAUUUCUAAAAUACUAAAAUCAUUAGCAAAAAAUUUAAAUGUUAAACAUAAUGAUAAGGUAAAUAAACAAGACUCCAGUUCUUCAAAAAAUAUUGACCUUGUUUCAAUGUUGAGUAGAGCACAAGAAGAUUACAGAGCUAACAAAACAAGUUCAAAAGUAACUGAAACAACACCAAAAAAAGUUGAAGAAAAUGCACCUCCUCAAUGUGUAAUGGAUUUUUUUGCUAAAGCAGGAAGUGGAAAAAAUUUUUCAGAAGGACUACCAUCAUUGUCAAAUUAUGCAAGCACACAAACUCCAGCUUUAAAAGUUGUAGCUAAGGAUAAUUUAAUGCAUAAACUUAUGGCUAGUCCUAUUCAUACUGUAGAACAAAUAGAAAUGCAACAUCGAUCAGUAACUCCUAAAUCAGAUGUAGCUGUUACAACAUCUCCAGUUGUACGUGUAAAACCUGUAAACCAAUGUCUUUUUAAUAACAAUAAAUCUCGUAAUUUGCCUAACCUAAUUAUGCAUGACCCUGAAGAAAACAAUGUUCAUAUUCAUCGUAAUGGCUAUCAUCAACCAAAAGGCAAUCAUUUCAAUUCUGCAGGAGUUGAACAAUAUCUUAAUUCCAAUGAUUCAAUUAACAAAUCUGAUAUAGCAAUGGACUCAACUUCAUCAAUAAGUAAAGUUAUAGAAACACAAAUGGAAUCUGAAGAAUUAAUGCCACCAACAAGAUUUAUAAUGGAUGAUUUUGAAGAUGAACUGGUUACAUCUUCAGUAAAUACAAUGACACUUAAUGAAAUUAAACCAGUAGUACCUAAGUUAGAACCACUAACUAAAAAUCAGUUACUUCAAGCUUUUGAUUAUUUAUUGAAAAAUGAUCCAGAUUUUAUGAGUAAAAUACAUGAAGCUUAUGUCAAAUCAUUAUUAAGAAACUAAAAAAUAGAUCCUUAAAUAUUCCAUUACUUAAACAAUAAAGGACAACUUUAAAUAACAUCACUUGACAAAAAUAUUUGUGUAUUAUGUAAUUUUUACUUUUAUUGAAGUAAUAAAAAAUAAUAGGUUUCAAAAUAAUAUUUUUACAAUAUUACAAUAGCAGAGUGCUAUUGAAUACAGAGAAUUCAGAUACAUAUAAUUAUGAGAGUAUUCCACUUAGUAAAUACUUAAGUUUAUUUUUAACAUGUAGAAUAUAAAUUGUUUCAUUUUAUUUUUAGAAAAUAUUUAACUUAAAUUAUUUUCCCAAUAAACAAAUUUUAAAAUAAUUAUUAUUUUUUAUUAUAUUAUUAAAAAUUAUGUUACUAACAUAAUUCAUUAUUCUUUUACAAUUUAGAAUGCAUAUACAUUUAAAUUAUAUUUCAUCCUAAAUAAACAUGUCAUACUUGAAAAGAAUUAAAAUUUAGUACUUUCAUUAAUCUUAAGUUUCUUAAAUUGGCAUAUUUGUAUUGCUCCAAAAUGGUUUUUAAUUUCUCGAAAAUCCACCUUUUAGUUGUCACUGUUUAUUUACAUCUUAACUAAUAUAGAAUUGAUUUUGACUAAUUGGAUGCUAUUAUCUAAAUUAUUCAAACUUUUACUGUAGUAUAAAUUUCAAGAAUAUUCAUAAACAAAAAUAUUUAUAUCACAUAAAUAAUUUUUUUAUGUAAAAAAAGUAUAAUAAUUUUAUGCCACCUAAUUAUUAUUAUAUAUAAUAAUAGCUUGCAUAAACAGAAAAAAUUACCUGUCAAAUUUAAUGAUUACAUCUUCUGAUAUAUAUAUAUAUAUAUAUAUAUAUAUAUUUGUAUCAGAAAGAACAAAAAUACUAUAUCUGUAAUACUUCAACUUUUGUAAAUUUCAAGCAUAUACUAUAAUUAAAGUUACUUAAUCAGUCAUUUAGCAUAUAUAAUAUAAAUAAAAUGUUUGUCAGCCAACUAUUUUUUUUACUAAUUUUAGUCAAUAUAAUAUUUAUCUUAAAUUUAUUAUAAAAUAUGGCCAUUUAAAUAUUUUUUUUUUGUUUGAAAAAUAAAUUUUGUGUUAAUUUCAUAUUUAUAUAAAUAUUUUUUUAUUCUAAUUAUAUUAUUGUAAUGACUAGUAAUAUUUUCUUCUGUCUUAGCUUAAAUGAAAAGCUUAACAAUUAUUUUACCUUGUAUAUUUUAUUUAUCAUAUAAUUUUAAUUUUUUUGCUUACUUAAUUAUUCCAAUUUCCUUUUAGGCAAGAAAUAUAUUUAUAACUAACUUAUUUCAUUGAUUUAGUUAAUAAGUAAUGUGGAUCCUCAAAAGAAAUAAACAUAAAAUAUAUAAAUCAGUAACUUAACUUGAUAGAUUAAUUUAAUAAAUUUUGCAAAAGAAAUUUAACUUAUUGAAAGAAAUUACCUUUAUUUGUAAAAUUUAGAAUGCACCUGUUAAAAUUUUACUAUUUUUAUGUAUAAUGUAUUUUGUUUUUUUUUUAAAUUCAGAUGUACAAAAUGUCCCACUGUGAUUUACUAAUUUGAUAAUAUAAAAUAAUGUUAAAAUUGGUAAAUCUUAGUGGGUCACUCUAUAUACUUUUGUUUACAAUUUCCAUUAUAUAAUGUCACUUGAGUUAUUUGAAAAAUAAUAAAGUAAUGGAAUAUUUAGAAAUUGUGUUAAAAAAAUUAUUUUGAAAGAAUUGUUUGAAUUUUAUUGUAUAUUUUAUUUUAUAUUUUAUUUAAUAAUUUUAUUUAUACUGGACAAAAAGAAAAUUGUGUGAUUUACAAUAUUUAGAUAAAUUCUAUAUAGAAUUCUGCUAUUGAUUCCAAAUCUGGUUUUAGGUUUGUUCCAUUGCAUUUAGUCUCUGGGAUGAUUGGUAAUUAAACAAUAAUUACACUUAAAAUUUCAUAAGAAAAUUUGUUUUUUUCUUGAAACUCCAAAUUUGUUUUAAGUAUGUUAUAAAAGGGUUGUUCGAAAAUUGAGACUGCUACGAAAAAUUAUAUAUGUUUUUUAGUAUUGUACUUAAACUUGAUUAAAACAUUAAUAAAAAAAUUAA